UGAUGGCCGGUGCUGGAUGCCAGGCCCGCUCCUGGGGGCGGGCCGCCAGGAGGCUGCCAGCUCCUCAGUGCCAAGCCCCCUGGGACACAGGGUGCCUGCCCUCUCCCUCCCGGCCGCCCCUCCCAGCGCCUGAAGGCCGGACGGCCCCUCCUUACAGGCAGCGCCGUGGCCAGAGGGUCCGCUCCUGCCAGGGAAGACUCGCCCGGGACAGACAGAAUGCAGAGCCCUCCUUGCCCCUGAGGGGCACCGGGCCCCACGGUCACCAUGGAGACAGGAGCCGGCUACCCCUGGAAACCCGAGUCCGAGACCCCAGGAGGCGUCCCUGCCCCGGCAGGAGGGGCCUGACUGCAUACCAGGUCCGGGGGCUGGGACAACAGGCUGCAAGAAGGUCCCACCGACCGGUGGGGGCGGCAUCUUCCCAGAGGUGCCCCCGCCGCGGUGCCCCCGCCCCUGCGGCCCACAGCCACGCCCACUGCUCCGUCCAGCGCCGGGGGCGGCGCCCUCGGGCCCAGGUCAGCACCAGGAGAGGCAAGCGGUCAAGGGUCGCAGGGGUCUGGCGGAGCCGCGUCCGGGGACCAGGCUGGGCCCAUGAGAGACCAAUGGGGAGCAGCCACGGGGACAGGCUCCUGUGUCAGCUGAGCCCGCCGGACCGCGAUGCAGACCCCCUGGAGGACACUGUCGCUGGCAAGCCCCGGGCCGCCCUCCUGGAGAGGCACCUGCUGGCGGGGGAGCAGCCACCGCCCAGCACGGGCUGCGGCCCUUUCUUCUACAUCGGAGGCACCAACGGGGCCUCAAUAAUCAGCUCCUACUGCAAGGGCAAGGGCUGGCAGCGCAUCCAGGACAGCCGGCGGGGCGACUACAGGCUCAAGUGGUGUGAGGUCAAGUGUCGGGACAGCUACGGCAGCUUCCGGGAAGGUGAGCAGCUGCUGUACCAGAUCCCCAACAACAGACUGCUCACCACCAAGAUCGGGCUCCUCAGCACCCUCAGGGAGCACUCCCGGGUCGUCAGCAAGACGUCGCCGAGCGCACAGGCCAAAUCUGGAAAGGACCCAGCACUCGACCUGGAGGAGCCCCCGUGGACGAGCCCGGGAUGCCUUGGGCCGCAGGGGUUCCUGAAAAUGGAAGAGUUUUUCCCAGAGACCUACCGCCUGGACAUCAAGGAGGAAAGAGAGGCUUUCUUCACGCUCUUUGACGAGACCCAGACGUGGAUCUGCAAGCCCACCGCCUCCAACCAGGGCAAAGGCAUCUUUCUGCUCAGGAACCAGGAGGAAGUCGCCGCCCUCCAGGCCAAGAUCCAGAGCAUCGAGGAAGACCCCAGCCACCGCAAGAUGCCAUUCCGGGCGCCUCAGGCUCGCAUCGUGCAGAGGUACAUCCAGAACCCCCUGCUGCUGGACGGGAAGAAGUUCGACGUGCGUGCCUACCUGCUCGUCGCCUGCGCCGUGCCGUACAUGGUCUUCUUCGGCCACGGCUACGCACGCCUCACCCUCAACCCUUACGACCCCUGUUCCCAAGACCUGAGCGGCCACCUGACCAACCAGUUCAUGCAGAAGAAGAGCCCGCUGUACGUGCUGCUGAAGGAGGACACGGUGUGGAGCAUGGAGCAGCUCAACCGCUACAUCAACAGCAAGUUCAGGGAGCCCAGGGGCCUGCCCAGCGACUGGGUCUUCACCACCUUCACGAAGCGGAUGCAGCAGAUCAUGGCCCACUGCUUCCUGGCCGUCAAGUCCAAGCUCGAGUGCAAGCUGGGCUACUUCGACCUCAUCGGCUGUGACUUUUUGAUUGACGACAACUUCAAGGUGUGGCUGCUGGAGAUGAACUCCAACCCCGCCCUGCACACCAACUGCGAAGUCCUGAAGGAGGUGGUGCCCCGCGUGGUCGUGGAGACACUGGACCUGGCGCUGGAGACCUUCCAGAAGAGCCUGCGCGGCCAGAAGAUGUUGCCGCUGCUGUCGCAGCGCCGCUUCGUGCUCUUGCUCAACGGCGAGACCGACGUGUGGCCGCGCCCGGGGAGCUCCCGCUACGUCCCCCGACCGCCGCCCCGGAUGGCCUGUGAGGCCGCGUCCGCCGCGCCCCAGACCCGCGCGGCAGACCAGCCGGGCGCGCGCAGGCCCAGGCCACCCCGCUCCGCGCAGGGGCACCCGCGGCCUCACUCCCCCGGCCCCGACGGCGCCCCGGACAGCGAACGGCCGAGAGCAGAUAGCACGGAGGCGGCGCGGGAGUCCUCCCCGGGAUCGGCCGGGGAGGACCGCGAGGGGCGCAGGAGCGAGGACCACCGCGGCUCCUAGCGGCCCUCCCCCGCGCCCCCCCAGGACUUAUAAAGGCUACUUUGUUACAAGCGCCUCCUCCGAAGCGGGUCCGCACGGCCCAGGGGGGCGCACCUUUGGGGAUUUCCCAGC